AUGGGUGUGGUGGGCAUGGAGGUGGCCGGGGCAGUUUGCGAGGCUGCAAGCACUAAAAACGUCCUGCCGACGCUGUCGUACGGGGCAGAGAUCUGGGCGCCGCAGCUGAUUCUGCAGGGCAGGACGGCAUGCGAGCGGGUACAGCUGGAGUACCUGCGAGGGCUGCUGGGUGUGCGGGACAGCACCCCAGCCCUCACUGUGCUGGCAGAGACCGGGCAGCUGCCGCUGCCCGCCUACUGGACCUUGCAGGUUGCACGCUUUGUGAGCAACCUGCAGGCUAUGGGCGGCGAGCGGGUCGCCCGUCUUGCCAUGCUGGAUAGCGUUGCGCUGGCUGCCGACACGGACACAGGGCUGCCACUGGCCCGGCAGCCCUGGGCAGCGCAGGUUAGCCGCGUUCUCGCGGCAGCCGGCGCCCCCUGCGACUUGACUGCUGACGAGGGGGUUGCCAUACCUGAAUUGGCGGAAGCGCUCCUGGAGCGCCAUGUUGCCUCGUACACGCAUGCAUCCGUGAAGGUGCAGCGGUACAUUGAGGACGUGUGGGGGGGCAGCAUCUCUGCGGAGGCCUACACGCCUGCGUCGUUCCUGUGCGAUGUGCCCGAGCGCCGGCACCGGGUGCGCCUGGCGCAGUGGCGCACGGGGUCGCACUGGAUGGCUGAGGAGACAGGCCGGUGGCAGCGGCUGGACCGCACCCAGCGCCCAUGCCCCCAUUGCCAGGCCCCUCUAGAGGACGUACGCCACGCAGUGUGUGACUGCCCCCUAUACGCUGGGCUGAGGGAGGAGUAUGCUGAGCUCUUCCACAGUCCCGGCCACGCCUGGCCCUCCCUGGCCGCCUUCCUCGGCUAG